CCUCUAGACUAGCUGCUUGGCUUGUUGAACUGUCAAGGAGAAAUGUGGUUCCAGAGACAAAUUGUUGGUUCAGCCCCCGUCUACUCAGGGGUGGUGCUUAGCCGGCGCCAGACCGACCCUCGGCUUCGGAGAGGCAGCGCUGUCCCUCUAGGCGCUCCCUCGGCGGCUUCGGCUCCCUCAGCUUCCUCAGGGAGCGCAGACCCUGGUUUAUGCCCCAGCUCUGACCCCGCUAGAGACAUGUCGACCCCGGCCCGGCGGCGCCUCAUGAGGGACUUCAAGAGGUUACAAGAGGACCCUCCGGCCGGAGUGAGCGGGGCUCCAUCAGAGAACAACAUAAUGGUUUGGAACGCGGUCAUUUUUGGGCCCGAAGGGACCCCAUUUGAGGAUGGAACAUUUAAACUUACAAUUGAAUUUACUGAAGAAUAUCCGAAUAAGCCACCUACUGUUAGAUUUGUCUCUAAGAUGUUCCAUCCUAAUGUCUACGCAGAUGGUAGUAUAUGUCUGGAUAUACUUCAGAACCGUUGGAGUCCAACUUAUGAUGUGUCUUCCAUUUUAACAUCCAUACAGUCUCUAUUGGAUGAACCUAAUCCCAAUAGUCCAGCCAACAGCCAGGCUGCCCAGCUGUACCAGGAGAACAAGCGGGAAUAUGAAAAGCGUGUUUCUGCAAUAGUAGAACAAAGCUGGCGUGACUGUUGACUCAGGGUAGAACAAACGAAGAGGCUGGCCAUAAGAAAAAUGUAUAUUGAUGAAUUCAUCUGCUUCCUAUUCCUAAUUCAUUACAUUUACUUUAUUAAAAACAAAAUAGCUGUUGUGCUGUUUCUGUCUUCCCUUGCCAAGUUUUUCUUCCCCUUUCUGUCCUCCUGUGGAGCAUCAGAGAUUCCAUUUGAAGUCCAAUGUACUGUACCUGGGUUACUUGCAAACAUUACUACUGCAUAUGUCCCUUUGUUGUAUCUCAUUUCCAUCCUCCAGCCUCUAAGCAGUUAUCAGGUUACUGUACUUUUUAUACUAAGCUUUUAAGAGAAACUGUUGUGUAUACCCGUGACCAGGAUGUUAUUUGUAACUAAAUGAUUGCUGCUGUGUUUCAUCCUGGCCAGUUUUUCCUUGUGUUCAAUUUGGCAAAGAAUGUAUUUAGGAUAUGACCUAAAGAAAACAGGAAUGCAUCCAUGUAAACAUCUUAAAGGGGAAGGAAAACGGAUUCUAUACUCAUUGUAAAGCAAUAUGAAUUACAAGCUGGCACUUAUUGGUAGCAAGGACUAAAGGACCUAGCUAACAAAUGGAAGCAACUUUAAUAACUGACAUAGUCCACUUUUUGUAAGAUAAUCAUUGUGCAAAUGCAUUAUGUUUCAGAAUCCGGGCCUUUGGAGCUUUGUGCUUUUUAGAGGUGUGAGAACAGGACUAGAAGCUAUUGUUUUUAAGUUAGGAACCAGAAGAUCCUCAAAUCUUUUUAAAGGAACAGUAUUGCCCUAAAUAAACUUUUCUUUUUAUGACUCAAGGAAGUGAGCCUAUCUCUUGCAAACUUUUCUCAUUUAAAUCCUGAGUUAUUGCUGCAUGCUUUCAGUGUUUUGAGAACCUUAUUGCCCAUAUCUGCAAUUUUCCUUUGGAUAUUUACACUUUUAAAUAUACAGUAUGGGGCAAGGCUUGUAAAUGUUUUGUCUAAUAUAUUUUAAUUGUUAAUCUUUUAUGCAUUUAUAGCACUUCUAACUUUGCACAAGUAACCCAUGUAAAAACUGUACAUUUUCAAAAGUUGUAAAUAAAAAAUAACCUUAAAAUUUA